AUGCACGCCGCACGCGCGCCCGUCCUCCGCCCCCUCGGCGCCGCCCCCGCUCGCAAACGCCACGCCGCGCGCGCGUCUCGCACGCUCCGCGGCAGGGCGCUCGUCGCCGCAUCCUCGGAGAACGAAGAGACGACGACGAUCAUUACGAAUAAUGAUCAUCGUCCGACCGCGUCCGUGGAGGAGACCGCGAGCGGCGACCUGCUGUAUCGCUUCGCGGAUGUUGACUCCAGAACCGGCGCGCUCGCGUUCACGUCGCGCGACGGCGUCGACGUCUACGCCCUCGGCGCCAUGGCGAGGAUCGCGGAGGAGACGAACCCCGUGGGGCCGUCGGAGGACGCCGCGCUCCGCCUCGCGACGAAAAUGAGAACGGACCUGAACGACGACGACGACGACGACGUCGAGGCUGCUGGCGCGCGGCUCGUCGCGUCGCUGCGCGCUGAGCUCGACGACGCGCGCGCGAAGCUCAAACGCGCGGAGGAGGACGAGCGAUACGCGCGCGACGAGCUCGAGGUGGCGCGCGUCGCGCUCGUGGAGGAGGCGCGCGAGCGCGUUUCCGCGACGCGCGAACUCAAGGCGACGCACGACCUGCAAGUGUGGGACCUGGAAGAUUACAUCCAGGUAAGUAGGUAA